GAGGGCCAAGAAUUUCGAAAAGGAAGAUGUUAUAUAAGGGAGCAGAAAGUUGUAGGAGUGAGGAACAAAAAAAAAGAAGUUGGAACUUCGAGGUCUGAGGCAUUUCAUUAGACUUUGUACUGGGGGAAACAAGGUUUUUCUUAAUGGAUAUGCGGCCCAAAUGAACCUCCACGUACACUCAUUACACAUACAUACACUAGAUAGUGAACAAGACCAUAGGAUCCCAACGAUUCUAGAACCUUAUCAAUCGUCUGUUUUACGCUUUACGCUUGCGUCAGAAAAACUCAAAUUUUCACGCUCCACUAUAAACACUUAUUUCAUCUAUCUACAAUUAUUUCAUUGUUUAUUACACACUGGUGGUUCAUAUAAAACAUGUAUACAGUGUCGAAAGGACCGAGUAAAAUAGUCGCCAAAACGAGAAGAGGAAUUAAUCAGAAUUUGGAGAGACUCGAGACUUUGAGGGAUUUAACGAGAAAAGCUGAUCCUGCUGAAGAGGAAUUCGACGAUAAUGAAAUUCCCCGGCAAGCACCAAAACCUGUGUUCAAUGUGAAUGGCAAAUCGAAAUUGUGCUCCACGAGGCAACAUAGGAUACAGGAGGUUAUCACACCUCAGCAUGAGGAACUCAUUAAAUUUGUAUAUGAAUCUUGGAGCCAAGUGGAUGGUAAUCGUAGUAGAAAAGAGAUAACAGAACAACCCCACGAGCUAGAGAAUUCAUCAACCCAGUACUACAACGACGGCGAGCCUAACGGUAUUCUCCAAGAUUUCAAACCGUUCGACCUCGAGUCAUGGUGGGGUAAACGGUUGUUUAAUAACAUCACCAAGUCCCUGUGAAAAUUAAACAAGAGGAGAAGAGCAACAGAAGCUCAAAAUACGUUUGCGUGGAUUUUUUUAAUGCCACAACGGCCACUCCACAGGAACAAUUGUUUUUUUUUACCGGAUUAUUAUUGAGAAAUGAUAGUGAUGAUGUAAUUCAUGUGUGCUUCAGUUGCAUGAUAGCACAAAUGAGAGAUUUUUUUAUAUAUAUAUACAUAUGCAUACAUAUAUAUAUAUAUAUUUGGAUAAUUAUAAGAUUUCAUCCGUUGCUGUAUUGUUAGUAAAAGAGUGAUCAUUAUUAUUAUCUCGUGGUCUGUUAUGUUGUCAUUGAAAAUGCCAUGCAAAUAUUUCGCAUCUUUAAGAGAAAUGGCAACGAAAUCAUCUCGUUAUGAAUGAUUUUGGCAGGAAAUGUUAAAUGCUUGCGAAAUAUUCCGAUUCAAACUGGUUUUGUGAAUAAUAUUUAAAAUAUUUUCGGUCGAAAACGAUUUAGGGAAAAGUUCAAGGAAAUUUUCUUAUGAAAAAUGCCAAGGCCUACAAAAAUCUUUCGAAAUCAAUCUCUAAGCAUCUAACCGAGUAAAAAUGCGAAAUCAUUUCAAUUAUGUAUAAUUUUUUAUUAAAAAAAAAAAAUCGCUUAUUGAAUUUGAGUCCUCGAGACGUCCCGAACUGCGCAGUGAAACGAGAAAACGGAAAAACAAAUUUUUAGUAUAUCUUCGUAGACUGAAUAUUUUUAAGAUUGUUAUUAUAUCGUUGAGAAGAUCGAGUCAAAAUCUCGAUAGUAAAAAAAAAACUCACCACGUGAGUAAUUUGUUGCGAUUGACUCGUAACUUUCAAAAUGCCAUUCAUCACUGUAGUCCAUACUUAGUGCAAUAUAUUUACUAUAAAACAGCAAAAGAUGUGAAUUGAUUCCUGAAAAUUCAUUUGAUGGGAUUAUUUGAAUAAUUAAAUGAAGAGCCUCGGUUGUUAUUUCA